AGCCGGUGCGAUGGCGGCUGACACGCAGGUUUCGGAAACACUGAAGAGAUUUGCCGUGAAAGUGACUACAUCCAGUGUGAAGGAACGCAGAGAAAUCCUCAGUGAACUUGGAAGAUGCAUUACUGGGAAAGAUUUUCCAGAAGGCGCAGUGAAGGGUCUGUGUAAACUUUUCUGCCUCACUCUGCAUCGAUACAGAGAUGCCGCGUCACACAGAGCCCUUCAAACAGCUCUUCGUCAGCUCGCCGAAUGCCAGCCUGAAGUGACUGCCAAGAACCUUUUGUACUCCCUGCAAUCUUCAGGAAUCAGCAGCAAGACUGGGGGAUCCAGCAAGAGCAGUGGAUCUGCAGCUUCGCUGGCUCUCUCGUGGACCUGCCUGCUCGUUCGCAUUGUCUUCCCGACACACGACAAGAGGCAUGGAGAAACGUGGGAGAAACUGGUGGAAGUCCAGUGUUUCCUUCUGUUGGAGAUCCUAGGUGGUUCCCGCAAACCUGUGGUGAACGGGGCCGUGAAGAAGUUGAACAGACUCUGGAAAGAGAAUCCUGGGCUGGUGGAUCAGUAUCUCUCCAUAAUUCUUCAUUUGGAAGCCAAUCAGGGAUAUGCGAUCAUGCUGGGCUUCCUUGUGCAGUUCUGCACCAGCCAGAAAGAUCUCAGCACCAUCAACAAACACAAGGCUGCCCUCCUCGAUUUCUAUGUGAAGACCAUCCUGAUGAGCAAGACCAAGCCUCAUAAGCACAUCCUGGACAAUUGCGCUCCUCUGCUCCGCUACGUGUCUCAUUCCGAAUUCAAGGACCUCAUGUUGCCAGCCUUGCAGAAAUCUCUCUUGAGGAGCUCAGAGAACGCCAUUGAAACAAUUUCUUGCUUACUGGCAUCCGUCACCCUUGAUCUCAGCCAGUACGCUCUGGAUGUCGUGAAAGGGCUAGCCAGCCAGUUGAAAUCCAACAGUUCCCACCUGAUGGACAAGGCCGUAGUUGCACUAAAGAAUCUGGCCCUGCAGUGCAGCGACCCGUCCACUGUGGAGUCCUUCGGGAAGCACCUCUUCGCCAUUUUGGGAGGUGCGGAAGGAAAGCUGACUGUGGUGGCUCAGAAAAUCAGCGUCCUCUCAGGGAUUGGUAGUUGCAGCCACCAUGCAGUCUCGGGGGCAUCUAAUCAAGUUCUCAGUGGAACCAUGGUUGAGCUCUUCGUCCCGUUCCUUCAGCAGGAAGUCCAUGAAGGCACUCUGGUGCACGCCAUUUCCAUCCUUGCUCUCUGGUGCAGUCGGUUUGUCACAGAGGUCCCCAAAACGCUGGUGGAAUGGUUCAAGAAAGCGUUCAGCCUUAAGGCCUGCACUUCUGCUGUCAGGCAUGCCUAUCUCCAAUGUAUGCUGGCUUCUUUCAAAGGCAAUGUCCUCUUACAAGGAUCAGAGAUGCUGCCCUUACUGAUCCAGACUGUGGAGAAAGCUGGAACUCAAAGCACCCAGAUUCCUCUGGUAACGGAAGGUGUCGCUGCAGCUUUGCUAAUCUGUAGACUUUCGGUAGCCGAUGUGCAAAUAGAAAAUAAACUAAACAGCUUCUGGCAGCUUAUUUUGGAUGAGAAAAAACAGAUCUUCACUUCUGAGAAGUUCUUGCAGUCUGCUUCAGAGGAAGUGAUGUGUACCGUUCUGCAGCUAACCGAACGCCUUCUCUUAGACCAUGAAUGUCGGCUACCUGGAGCUAAAAUCCAGCAGUAUUACAAAGCCUUGACUGCCGUCCUCCUCAGCCGGUCCUGGAGCGUCCGGAGGCUCGCUCAGCAGACUGUGAGAAAACUCUUAUCUUUGCCAAGAGGAUUCAAGUUAGCCCGUGGGCUCUUAGAAGAGCUAAAGGCGGUUCUCGUUUCACACAAGGUGCUUUCCCCUGAGGCCUUGGUAACCGAAUCCGGAGAGCUGUCAGAACAGGGCAAAACAUACAUCCCUCCGCGUAUCCUUCAGGAAGCCUUGUGCGUCAUCGCGUGUGGGCCAGGGAUGGAAGGAGAGCCGGAAGAGAAAGAAAAACUGGUCUUGGAAAUGCUGCUCGUGAGCAGUCAUCCUUCUUUGGUGGCAGGACAACCUGGCCUUUGGCCUGCCCUCCUCAUCAAGAUGAAGCUGGACCCUAUUGACUUCAUCACCAAGCACAUGGAGAAAAUCUUUGACCGCAUCAUCAUCACCCAGAGCCCAAUGAAUCAGUCCUCUCUGAAUGCAGUUGGCUUGCUCUCGGUCCUUUUGCCUGCCAAAGUCCUCCCUCAGCUGAUCAGCACCAUUUCCGCCUCCCUGGGAAACCCGGCCCUGUGUCUCGUGACCCAGGAAGAAUUCGCGAUCAUGAAGAUGCCGGAAGGGGAACUCUACGACAAGUCUAUCUUGCACAGUGCCCAGCAGGAUAGCCUGAAAAAGGCCAACAUGAAGAGGGAGAACAAAGCCUACUCUUUUAAGGAGCAGAUCAUCGAACUGGAACUCAAGGAGGAGAUCAAGAAGAAGAAAGGAAUCAAGGAAGAGAUUCAACUCACCAGUAAACAAAAAGAGAUGUUGACUGCCCAGCUGGAGAAGGAAUCUCAGAUGAGAAAGCAAUUGAAAGAGCUGGACACUGAAUUGGAAUCCACCCUGGGCCUGUUUGACGCUGUUCUGAAGAGGAACCCUCCCAGCCUCUCCCAGUACAUCCCUGCCCUUGUCGGCUGCUUCCUCCCUCUGCUCAAAUCCCCCCUGGCAGCUCCGAGGAUUAAGGCCCCCUUCCUUUCUCUGGUGUCGUGCGUGAUGCCCGAUCACUUAAAGACCUUUGGGACCGUUGCGAGUCACGUGACUUUGCGAAUGAUGAAACCCGAAUGCGAUUUGGAUGAAUCCUGGUGCCAGGAAGACUUGCCCACAGCGGUGAACCGAGUGAUCGGUUUGCUGCACACGCACACCGUGCCGAUCCGGAUAACCAAGGGAGAGGAGGGUCCCGUGCCAUUAUCGGCCCCGGCCUUUUCCUUAGUCUUUCCUCUUCUGAAAAUGGUGCUGCUGGAGACCCCCAACGACAGCGAAGAGAAGGAGGAGCUCAUGGUGAAGGUUUUGCAGAUCAUCACCGUCCAUGCUCAGCUGCGGUCCUCUACUAACGACGAGAACUGGCUGGUGGACGAGAACGGACCUGAGUUACUUCCUCGUACGGACAUGCUGCUGCUCCUAACCAAAGUUAUUGGGACAGGAUCACCCCGCGUACAGGUUUUGGGUUCGGUGGCGCUGACGGCCCUGUGCGCCAGUAGCAGCGGAGAAGACGGCUGCGCCUACGCGGAACAAGAAGAGAUAAACGUCCUACUUCAGGCUCUGCAGUCGCCCUGCAUGAACGUUCGAGAUGCAGCUCUCCGGGGUUUGCUGGAACUCCAGAUGGUUUUGCCCACUCCGGACAGCGAUGAGAAGAACGGGAUGAACCUUUUGCGCCGUCUCUGGGUGGUGAAGUUUGACAGAGAAGAAGAAAUCCGCAUGUUGGCAGAGAGGCUGUGGGUAUCUAUGGCUUUAGAGCUGCAACCGGACAUCUGCUCCAUCCUCAUCCAAGAUGUCAUCCACCAUGAGCAGGCGGUGCGCCAGGCCGGAGCAGAAGCCCUUUCCAAAGGGGUGGAACAAUAUCGAAGCCAGACGAAGGAUGUCAUGGCCAAACUGAUGGAGAUUUACCAAGAGAAGCUCUAUAGACCCCCACCGGUUCUGGAUGCCUUGGGACGGGUGAUCUUGGAGUCUCCACCUGACCAGUGGGAAGCCAGGUGCGGCAUCGCUUUGGCCUUGAAUAAGCUUUCUCAGCACCUGGAAAGCUCCCAGGUGAAGCCUCUUUUCGAAUUCUUUGUCCCCGAUGCCCUCAACGAUCGUCACCCCGAAGUCCGAAAGUGCAUGCUGGACGCUGCCCUCUCAGCCCUUAAUACUCACGGCAAGGAGAACGUCAACUGCUUGCUGCCGGUCUUUGAGGAGUUCCUUAAGAACGCCCCCAACGAUGCCAGCUACGAUGCCGUCCGGCAGAGCGUGGUCAUUCUCAUGGGGUCGCUGGCCAAACAUUUGGACAAAAGCGAUCCGAAAGUAAAACCCAUCGUGGCCAAGCUGAUAGCAGCACUCUCUACGCCAUCCCAACAGGUCCAGGAGUCCGUGGCCAGCUGCUUACCGCCUCUCGUGCCGGCCAUCAAGGAAGAUGCCGGCAGCAUGAUCCAGAAGCUGCUACAACUUUUGCUGGAAUCCGAUAAGUACGCGGAGCGCAAAGGAGCUGCGUACGGGCUGGCCGGCCUGGUGAAAGGACUGGGAAUCCUUUCCCUGAAGCAGCAGGAAAUGAUGACCAAGCUGACCGAUGCAAUCCAGGACAAGAAGAAUUUCCGGCGUCGGGAAGGGGCUUUGUUCGCCUUUGAGAUGCUGUGUACCAUGCUGGGGAAACUUUUUGAGCCCUAUGUGGUCCACGUACUGCCCCACUUGUUGCUCUGCUUUGGAGAUGGCAAUCAGUACGUUCGGGAGGCUGCAGAUGAUUGUGCCAAAGCUGUGAUGAGCAACUUAAGCGCCCACGGAGUCAAGUUGGUGUUGCCUUCUUUGUUAGCCGCUCUCGAGGAGGAUUCGUGGAGAACCAAAGCUGGAUCGGUAGAGUUGCUGGGAGCCAUGGCUUAUUGUGCUCCCAAGCAGCUGUCAUCUUGCUUGCCAAACAUCGUGCCGAAGCUCACGGAGGUGCUGACGGAUUCUCACGUGAAGGUCCAGAAGGCCGGCCAACAGGCGUUACGGCAAAUCGGCUCGGUCAUCAGGAACCCUGAGAUUUUGGCCAUUGCCCCCGUGCUGCUGGACGCCUUGACUGACCCAUCCCGAAAGACCCAGAAGUGCCUGCAAACGUUGCUGGACACCAAAUUUGUCCACUUCAUCGAUGCACCUUCCUUGGCUCUCAUCAUGCCUAUCGUCCAGCGGGCUUUUCAGGACCGCUCGACAGACACCCGGAAAAUGGCUGCCCAGAUCAUCGGGAAUAUGUACUCCUUGACGGACCAGAAGGAUCUGGCUCCUUACCUGCCUAGUGUCACACCUGGACUGAAAACGUCUCUUCUGGACCCCGUUCCUGAGGUGAGGACAGUCUCUGCGAAAGCGCUGGGCGCCAUGGUGAAAGGCAUGGGGGAAUCUUGCUUUGAAGACCUCCUGCCCUGGCUGAUGGAAACCUUGACGUACGAACAGAGUUCGGUCGAUCGGUCAGGGGCUGCGCAAGGUUUGGCUGAGGUUAUGGCUGGUUUGGGAGUAGAGAAGCUGGAGAAGCUGAUGCCAGAAAUUGUGGCGACAGCGAGCAAAGUGGAUAUUGCUCCCCACGUUCGCGAUGGUUACAUUAUGAUGUUCAAUUACCUGCCCAUUACCUUUGGGAACAAGUUUACCCCGUACGUUGGGCCCAUCAUACCUUGCAUCCUUAAGGCCCUGGCAGAUGAGAACGAGUUUGUGCGGGACACGGCUCUCCGUGCAGGGCAGAGAAUUAUAAGCAUGUAUGCGGAGACGGCCAUCGCAUUACUCCUUCCUCAACUGGAACAAGGCCUCUUCGAUGACCUUUGGAGAAUCAGGUAUAGCUCAGUUCAGCUGCUGGGAGAUCUCCUGUUCCACAUUUCAGGAGUUUCUGGGAAAAUGACAACUGAGACGGCCUCCGAGGAUGAUAAUUUUGGAACAGCCCAAUCUAACAAAGCUAUCAUUAACGCUCUCGGAGUAGAACGAAGAAAUCGAGUACUGGCUGGGCUUUACAUGGGCCGUUCCGAUACCCAGCUGGCUGUUCGCCAAGCAUCGCUCCAUGUUUGGAAAAUUGUGGUUUCCAACACGCCACGCACGCUACGUGAAAUCUUGCCGACUCUCUUUGGCCUCCUGUUGGGAUUUUUGGCCAGUACCUGUGCAGACAAGAGAACAAUUGCAGCGCGGACGCUGGGGGAUCUUGUCCGAAAGCUGGGAGAGAAGAUUCUACCGGAGAUCAUCCCCAUUUUGGAAGAGGGCCUAAGAUCUGAAAAAAGUGACAAGAGGCAGGGGGUCUGCAUUGGCCUGAGUGAAAUCAUGAAGUCCACCAGCCGGGAUGCUGUGCUGUGCUUUUCUGAAUCUCUCGUGCCCACCGUCAGGAAGGCCCUUUGCGACCCUCUGGAAGAGGUGCGAGAAGCGGCCGCUAAAACCUUUGAACAGCUGCAUUCGACAAUUGGAUUCCAGGCCCUCGAAGACAUCCUCCCUUUCCUGCUAAAGCAGCUGGAGUGUGAAGAAACCUCAGACUUCGCCCUGGAUGGUCUAAAGCAGGUUAUGGCUGUGAAGAGUCGAGUUGUCUUGCCAUACUUGGUGCCAAAGCUUAUUUCUCCUCCCGUCAACACCAGAGUCCUGGCCUUCCUCUCCUCGGUUGCUGGCGAUGCUCUCACCCGGCACCUGGGUGUCAUUCUGCCCGCCAUGAUGUCCGCCCUGAAGGAGAAGCUGGGCACAAGCGAUGAACAGCAGGAGAUGCUGAACUGCCAAGCUGUCAUUCUGUCAGUAGAGGACGAGGCCGGGCAGAGGAUCAUCAUUGAGGAUCUCUUGGACACGACGCGCAGCGGCGAAGUUGGAAGGCGCCAAGCCGCGGCCGUCAUCCUCAACAUCUACUGCUCCAAGACCAAGGCGGACUAUACCGCCCACCUGCGCAACCUGGUCUCAGGCCUGAUCCGCCUCUUCAACGACACCAAUGCCGUGGUCCUGAAUGAAAGCUGGGACGCUCUCAACGCCAUUAGCAAGAAAUUAGACGCUGGCAGCCAGCUGGCCCUCAUCGAUGACCUCCACAGGGAUAUCCGCAUCGUUGGCAACGAUGCCGCCGGAGACCACGUGCCUGGAUUCUGCAUUCCCAAAAAGGGCGUGACCUCCAUCCUACCUAUGCUACGGGAGGGGGUCCUGACCGGCAACUCAGACCAGAAGGAAGAGGCGGCCAAAGCUUUGGGCUUGGUCAUUAAGCUGACCUCCGCCGAAGCUCUGAAACCAUCCGUCGUCAGCAUUACCGGGCCCCUGAUUCGGAUCCUGGGAGACCGGUUCAGCUGGAACGUCAAGGUGGCUUUGUUGGAAACCUUGAGUCUCCUCUUGGCCAAGGUGGGCCUUGCUCUGAAGCCCUUCCUGCCUCAGCUCCAAACCACCUUCACCAAAGCAUUGCAAGAUCCGAACCGAGUGGUCCGUUUAAAAGCUGCCGAGGCCCUGGGGAAGUUGAUUGCCAUCCACGCCAAGGUGGACCCGCUCUUUACCGAACUCUUGAACGGCAUUCGUACUAGCGAGGACUCUGGCAUCAGGGACACCAUGCUUCAAGCGUUGCGGUUUGUCACUCAGGGGGCAGGAGGCAAAGUGGACGCCGCUGUUCGGAAGAGCAUAAUCUCCAUGCUCCUCAGCAUGCUGGGCCACGAAGAGGAUGCAACUCGCAUGACCUCCGCAGGCUGCUUGGCCGAAAUGUGUGCCUUUUUGACGGACGAUGAACUCAGCGGAGUCCUCCAGAAUCAUCUCCUAGCGGAUGUGUCCGGCAUCGACUGGAUGGUGAGGCACGGACGCAGCCUGGCCCUCUCGGUCGCUGUGAACACGGCGGCCGGCAGACUCUGUGUCCCCAAAUAUUCGAACAGCGUCCACGAGAUGAUCUUCAGCAACACAGUCGCUGACCGGAUCCCCAUUGCUGUCAGCGGCAUCCGAGGAAUGGGCUUCCUUAUGAAGCAUCACAUCGAAGCCAACGGCGGGAACCUUCCCCCGAAGCUCUCCAACCUCUUCAUCAAGUGUCUUCAGAAUCCAUCCAGCGACAUCAAAUUGAUUGCGGAGAAGAUGAUUUGGUGGGCCAACAAAGCCCCCCUCCCGCCCUUGGACCCUCCCGUGGCCAAGCCCAUCCUCAAGGCCCUGCUGGACAACACGAAAGAUAAGAACACCAGCGUGAGGGCUUACAGCGACCAGGCCAUUGUCAACCUCCUGAAGAUGCGGGACGGCGAGGAGGCGGUUCAGUCCGUCUCCAAAAUCCUUGACGCUGCCAGCUUGGAGCUGCUGAACGAGAGUUGCCGGCGAUCCCUGAAGAAACUCGCCAACCAGGCUGACUCGGUUGAACAAAUUGACGACACCAUCCUGACGUGAGAAGCAAGUUGGCAUUGCAGAGUCUCCAAGCCGACGAAAAUGUUUUCAUUUUUGAAAAUGCUAAUUGUGACAGGAGCUGGUUAAGAGGGAAAGAAAACAAAAAAA